AUGUUUUUAACAAAUAUUUUGUUAAAAAAGGCGAAGAGCAAGAUGAUAAUGGUGCUAAUGGAAAGUAUGGUAUCCGGACAUCAAUGUACAAAAAUAAGGGAGCGUUUGGGUGAUAAAUUGGAACUAAUACGAUUCGAUCCAUAUAUUCAAGAAAUGAGUGUCUACAAAGAGAGGAAGAAGAUAAGGAGCAUGAAAUCUAAAUGA